CUCGGACUCAUCCAGCUCUCUGGAGAGAGACAUGAUAAGAAAGUCCAUCAAACCAAAUGACCGUCAGAGGGCAGUGGCCAAGACCCAGCACCAGAAGAAGAACGAUGUUAGCAUGCUGUCCCAGGCCGAGGAGGGGAUGAAGGUGAAGCUGCUGGAGCUGCAGGGGCCAGUGAUGCAGCUUAUGAUCGACCACAAGGUCCAGCACCCUGCUAAUGAGUCCACUUCAGGGGCCCCAGCCCCCCCAGGAACUUGGUGCUGCUGACAAGGAUGAAUUUUAUGAAAUGAGCCUGGACGAUGACAGCGACAGCCUGGAGCCUGCAGGAGGGAGGGUACACCACAACCCCACUGCACAGCAGAUGGCUCAUGGCUUUGUGAGCUACGGGACGGCCAGCAACACCGACCCUUGGGCAGCAGUCCCUCUAUGCUAUGCUUUUACCGGGCUGCGGCGAAGGAGGAAGUAAACAUCACCAACAGCUAAGAGCUGCCCAAGAAAUUUACAAAGGAACAAAGUUAUAGGGUUAAUCUUCUACAUGUUACUUUAUUUGAAUGUUAGAGCCACUCAUGAUGAUUUGUGUUUCUAAUUUAUAGUUUAUUUGUAAAAAGUUAAAGGAGAGUGGGUCUUCGUGUGGCUUUCACUGAUGUUCACUCUGGCAUCCUUUAGCAUUUUUCAUUUUUAAUUUGAUAAUCAUAGGUCAUUAGCAUGCCUAUCGAGUUUGCCCUUUUGUGGUGGGAGUUCAAACACACAAAGACCCACUACUGACACAAAACCAUUCUCACUAGUUUGGAAUAGGCUGCCAUGGUUUUUAAUGUUAUUGCAGCAUGUAUAUUCAUUAUGGAAUUCAGAUGUAAUUUGCUUAUGUUCUGCUAUGAUGUUUGAUGGAAUCCUGAUCACACUGAGCUCUUAAUUAGCUCAAUGUGUGCUUUGUCCUCACAUGCACACUGUUUAUUACUUUGUAAGAUGUCACUGUGGGUACUGACAUUUAGAGUUGUUGAAAAGCCGAGAACUGGAAACAGCCUUUCUUCCAUUUUCUGUGUAUUGCAAAUGGGAGUAAUAACAUUUUUGGGAGCUUUUAAAAUCUCACAGAAGAGGAAAGUGGCCUGCUCUGGCAGGUAUGUGCAGAAUAGAGUAUUUCAUUGGUUCCUGUGCCAAGAACGAGCACUGUGCAUGGCAGUUCUUUUGGGGUUUUUCUGUGCCCUGGGC